GAGUCCUAGUUAUAUGAGUGAGAUGGAGUCGAUGGUAAACAGAAAGAGACUUAUACGAUCGCAGUCUGAAACCAAUACGAAAUGCAGCCGAACUAGACUUCUGAAACCUGUGCGCUCCAGAUCCCAGGAAAGUAGACAAGUUACCAGGGAGUCUCCACAUAAUCAAUCUGAUUCACUUACGGAAACAUCAUCGCAAAUAGUUCUGGAGGAGUUGCAAUCAAGAAGAAGUUCCAUCACCACCAUCGGCAGUGCUAAUCUAUCUGAAUCCGACUCUGAAACUUCUGGUUAUACGACCGAGAGCAGUUAUCAAACGGCCCCGGGAUACGAGCGCCUUCCACAAACUAGUUCCUAUGCCAGUAUUCAGAAUUCUACGACAAUGGACUAUCUCCGGGAGAUUCACGUGGCCAUUGAUGCUUUGGCCAAUCAAGAGGAGAUUCAGUCCAUUCACAGGGAUCUGAGGGAAUUGCUGACCAACGAGAUGGCACUGAUCAGAGGCACAAAUGGUCCAGUCAUCUAUCUAAUAGCAUAUAACUAUAUGUAGUCGGUUUUAAAUACUUUCCAAAUUCAAAAUUUAAAUUAAGCACUUCCUUAAAAAUGUAUUUUUAAAUCUUGAUCAAUGCAGAUAUCAUAAAAGUA